AUGUGGCGCCGUUUUUUGUCGUGCGUUAAGGGAACAAAUGGUCGGAAAGCGAUCCACAGCAUGAAAGUCGGGCUUGCUCUCGUAAUCGUGUCGCUUUUGUACAUUGUGAAUCCGAUGUUUGAGGAAGUCGGACAAAACGGAAUGUGGGCUGUUAUGACUGUUGUGGUCAUGUUCGAGUUCUACGCAGGUGCGACACUUGGAAAAGGCAUAAACCGUAUAAUUGGGACACUAACUGGUGGGAUAUUAGGCUGUUUGGCCGCCAUUUUAGGAGACGAAAUUGGAGGCAUUGGCAAAGAUAUCAUUAUUGGGUCUGCCGUUUUUAUCUUAGGUGCUGGUGUAACAUAUUGUAGAUUGGUCCCUAGGCUAAAGAGAAGGUAUGACUAUGGAUUCAUGAUCUUCAUCAUGUCCUUUAGCUUGGUGGCGAUUUCCGGCAUCCGGGUCGACAAGGUGGCGGAAGUCGGCCGGGACCGUAUAGCCACAAUCGGGAUCGGUUUUGCCGUCUGCAUAUUCGUGAGCUUGGUCGUGUGUCCUAUUUGGGCAAGCGACGAGCUUCACCUCUCGACGGCACACAAGUUCGAUAAACUCUCGACUAGCAUCCAAGGUGGGUGCCUUGAUGAAUAUUUCAAAAUAGCAAGUGAGAAGGAAAAUCAAGGGGCUAUUGGCGGUGAUUAUUAUAUCCAAGCUUGCACGGCCGUUCUCAAUUCCAAAUCCAAUGAUGAAUUACUGGCAAAUCAUGCAAAAUGGGAACCUUGGCAUGGGAAAUUUGGAUUGAGCCAUCCAUGGGCAAAAUAUUUGGAGGUUGGAGAUCAUCUAAGUGAACUUGCUGCAACAAUUUUUGCCUUACAAAUAUGCCUUCAAUCAUCAAAGCAGCCAUCACCCAUGCAAAGGCAGAUACUCAAGGAACCAUGUGAGACUUUCAUGCUAACAACUCAAUGGAUAUUGAAAGAGCUUGGAGAGAGCAUUGAAAAAAUGGAGCUAUGCAAAACCAAGUCUUUGAUAAACCCAAAAUUGCAAUCUGCAAAAUUACAAUUGGGCCCUCCAUUCUCCACUUGCUACAAGGCCCAAAUUUCUGAAAAUGAUGAAAAUCUUGCAAUCACAACAUUCAAUUUCUUGUUGGUAGAGAUUGUGGAGAAAGUUGAGAUAUUGGCUAAAAAAGUAGAAGAGUUAGGGGAAGCUGCUAAUUUUAGAGUCAAGAAGAUUGAUGUAUAG